AUGUCAUCCCCGUUAUGCGUUCUGUCUCAAAAUGAGAACCUCUCCGUGUCUUUCUGCGGUUCUGGCUUUCUAGCUACAUACCAGCUCGGUGCUGCGCAGAGUCUUUUGGAUAACGCGGCCUGGAUCCUGCAAGGAGCUCCGAGGGUCUACGGCGCGUCUGCCGGUUCCCUUGUCGCUGCAGCGGUUGUCUGUGGCUCCAAUCUAGGACGUGUUCGAGACCAGCUUUUGGAGUUUGCGCGAUUUACUAAACAGCAUCCUCUCGGUCUUCUCAGUCCCACGGUGGAUAUUUUCCGGUGGCUGGAGGUCACACUGCAGCGCUGUCUGCCUGAUAACGCACACACUCUGGCCAGCGGCCGUCUGCACAUCUCCAUGACUCGCAUCUCUGAUGGAAAAAAUGUCAUCGUGUCAGAAUAUAAUUCCAGCGAUGAGCUUAUUAAAGCACUUUUGUGUAGCUGCUUUGUCCCUGUAUAUUCUGGAGUGAUCCCACCGCAGUAUAAAGGUGAGCACUAUAUGGAUGGAGGUUUCACAAACAUCCAGCCCUUCGAGGAUUCCUCUCCCACCCUCACCAUCUCGCCGUUUGCUGGACACAUGGACAUCUGUCUGUCCGAUACCUCCACCAUCCUGUGCGAUGCCAUCAUCCAGCAGCUCUCCUUCCAGUGCUCCGUCACUAACUUCAUCAGGCUGGUGGACGCCUUGUUUCCUCGGGACUGGAGGAUUCUGAAGAGGGCUUUCUACAGUGGGUACCAAGAUACUGUAUACUUCCUGCAGCAGAGCAAUGCACUGCCGCUGUAUCCUCAACGGAGAAAGGAGUCUGAUGCGUCUGAUGAUUCGGUGAGCUCAGAUCACUGGAUGCUGACACAGACUGAUCGUGCAGAGGAAGAGGAAUCCCAUCAAAACUGCCCUGAACAACCUGCAGUCAAUGGGGUUUGUUCAUCCGUGAGUCCAUCCCGUCAAGAGCCGACAGUACACAAGAGCUCACCAGUAGAGGUUCAGGAAGUGCUGCUGUGUAAUAUCGUGGGGCAGCUGGAGAUUGUGAGUAAUUCGAAUGCCGCUUUACUUCAACGGACGCUCUCAUACCUGCUCUUACUGUUCACACUGCCAAUCUGGAGUGCCACCACCUUAUGGGACAGGUAUCAGAAAUGGCUCACUAAUGCUAUGACUGUGGCAUACUGGCUCUGGCAUGGUAUUAAGCUCUUCAUGAUUUUUAUACUCAAAAUUGUACUGUCCUCUACAAGGAAAGCCUUUGGAGAUAUGAUGCUGAGUCUGAUCAGUUUCAUACCUGCGCAAGUUCACGAUGAGCAGCACAGACGCAGAGAGCUGUCUGAGAGACACAUGACCUCCUCUAAUCUGAAUGGGCACGUCUCUGCUGUUUUCCCGCCGAGUCCCUCCAUGGCACAGACCCUCCCAAAGCUCUACACGCUCCUGUUUUCACUAGAGACAGAGAGCAAGUGGAGAAGACGCAAGAUAGAGGUGCAACACACAUUACAGCAGCACGUGGCUGGUGUGAAAAGAAAUUAAAAACAUGCAAGAAAUG